GUUCCCUGGCCCGUGUAGUGACGUCAGGAGCGGCGGCCAUUUUCCCCUGGUCUGAGCUCCGCCUUCCUUCUAUCAUUCCCACAAGGCAGCAGGAGCAGAGAGCAGCCAUUGCUGUGUCUGGCAGCAGCAGGAUUACACCAUAGUGAAGAAGACAUUCGGUGAGCAUGAGAACCCCAGCAACCAUCCUCGUGUUGCAGGUGGACUAAGCAGGACCUAGAGCCCCAUCACGGUGCCUCCACCUCACUUACUGACUCACUGAUACAUAAGAGACACAAUGACCAGAAGAUCCUGGAACUCACCAACAAGAUCAUUCAGCUGCUGACUGUAGAGGAGGGGGAGUAUAUAGAGGAACACAGGGGUCUGUACAAGGACGUGAUGAUGGAGAAUCACCAGCCCCUAACAUCACUUGAUGGGCCCAGUAACAGAGAUACCCCAGAGAGAUGUCCCCGUCCUCUGUAUUCCCAGGAUUGUACAGAGGAGAAUCACAGGAUCCCACAGGAGGAUCAGUACAUGACUGAUAUGAAGGCAGAAGAUAUAGAGGGAGAAGAAGAGACGUAUGUGACUGAUAUGAAGACAGAAGAAAUAGAGGGAGAAGAAGAGACGUAUGUGACUGAUAUAAAGGCAGAAGAUAUAAAGGGAGAAGAAGAGACGUAUGUGACUGAUAUGAAGGCAGAAGAUACAGAGGGAGAAGAAGAGACGUAUGUGACUGAUAUAAAGGCAGAAGAUACAGAGGGAGAAGAAGAGACGUAUGUGACUGAUAUAAAGGCAGAAGAUAUAGAGGGAGAAGAAGAGACGUAUGUGACUGAUAUGAAGGCAGAAGAUACAGAGGGAGAAGAAGAGACGUAUGUGACUGAUAUAAAGGCAGAAGAUAUAGAGGGAGAAGAAGAGACGUAUGUGAGGGGUGAUCAGCAGUGUAAGGAGGAGGAGAUCCCUACAGAUAUCAGCACAGCAGGUGGACACACAAGCAUGAAUAUCUCAGCAGGACAUCUAAUGUUAUCCCCAGAUUGUGACAUAAAAGAUAAUGACAGUAGACAGGAUUCCCCAGGAGAUAACCCCAUUACCCCAAUUAUACAUCCAGCUCUAUCAGCUGGUCCCUCUGAUCCUGGGAAAUGUUCUCCUGAUCACUCUGAUAUUGGAGCAUCUGUUACAGCUCUGAGAGUAGAUACAGUGUUUCCAUGUUCUAUUGAUGCCAAAUGUAUUACACAGAACACAAAGCCUAUUACCCAUCAGACAGGUAAGGCAGGUGAGAGGCCAUUUCCAUGUUCUGAGUGUGGAAAAUGUUUUACAUACAAAUCAGCUCUUGUUACACAUCAGGGAAGACACACAGGUGAGAGGCCAUUUUCUUGCUCUGCGUGUGGGAAAUGUUUUACCCGGAACGCACAACUUGUUACACAUCAGCGAAGUCACACAGGUGAGAAUCCAUUUCCAUGUUCUGAGUGCGGGAACUAUUUUACAUACAAAUCACUUCUAAUAUAUAAGAGAUUGCAUACAUGUGAGAAACCAUAUUCCUGUUCUGAGUGUGGGAAAUGUUUUACAUACAAAUCAACUCUUGAUGCACAUAAGAGUAGUCACACAGGUACAUCACCAUUUCCAUGUUCUGAGUGUGGGAAACAUUUUGCACAUAAAUCACAACUUGCUAGACAUCAGAGAAGUCACACAGGUGAGAGGCCAUUUCCAUGUUCUGAGUGUGGGAAAUGUUUUAUCUGGAAAUCACAACUUGUUAGACAUCAGCUAAGUCACACAGGUGAGAAGCCAUUUCCAUGUUCUGAGUGUGGGAAAUGUUUUGCCCGGAAAUCACAACUUGUUAGACAUCAGCUAAGUCACACAGGUGAGAAGCCAUUUCCAUGUUCUGAGUGUGGGAAAUGUUUUGCAGACAAAAUAGAGCUUGUUAGACAUCAGAGAAGUCACACAGGUGAGAAGCCAUUUUCUUGCUCUGAGUGUGAGAAAUGUUUUUCACGGAAAUCACAACUUGUUAGACAUCAGCUAAGUCACACAGGUGAGAGGCCAUUUCCAUGUUCUGAAUGUGGGAAAUGUUUUGACCGGAAAUCAGAUCUUGUUAAACAUCAGAGAAGUCACACAGGUGAGAAGCCAUUUUCUUGCUCUGAGUGUGGGAAAUGUUUUACACAGAAAUCAUAUCUUGUUAUACAUCACAGAAGUCACACAGGUGAGAAGCCAUUUCCAUGUCCUGAGUGUGGGAAAUGUUUUGCAGACAAACCAGAUCUUGUUAGACAUCAGAGAAGUCACACAGGUGAGAAGCCAUUUUCUUGCUCUGAGUGUGGGAAAUGUUUUGCCCGGAAAUCACAACUUGUUAGACAUCAGCUAAGUCACACAGGUGAGAAGCCAUUUCCAUGUUCUGAGUGUGGGAAAUGUUUUGCCCGGAAAUCAGAUCUUGUUAAACAUCAGAGAAGUCACACAGGUGAGAAGCCAUAUUCUUGCUCUGAGUGUGGGAAAUGGUUUACACAGAAAUCAUAUCUUGUUAUACAUCACAGAAGUCACACAGGUGAGAAGCCAUUUCCAUGUUCUGAGUGUGGGAAAUGUUUUACACGGAAAUCAUAUCUUGUUACACACCAGAGAAGUCACACAGGUGAGAAGCCAUUUUAAUCUUCUGGAGUAUACUUAUCAUUGCCAUGCGUUCUUCAAGGUUCUUAUUCUAUGUCCUGUGCUUUUUGCAAUAUACAUGCUACCACUGGGUGAAAUAAUCAGAUGUCAUGCCCUCAUCUACCACUGCUAUGCAGAUGAUCUGUCUUUUGCUCUGGGUACUGAGAACCCAGUACCAAUGCUAAAUGUCUCACUGAGCUCCAGGUGUGGGUGAUGCCAGUUGGCUGUGAACAAUCCUGGUGAAACAGGUCCUUAUGCUAGUUUGCCAACAAAGGACAGGGCUACAGCUCAGCUUUGUUACCAACCAGACUUACACUUGGGGGUUCAGGUUUACAAAAUGCUGGUCAUGUGCAGAAUCUUAGUGUCCUGGAUGGUGGAGGUAUCUGCCACAAUCAGAUCCUCAUCUGGGGAACAUAGCCAGACUCCAGCACUUUAUGCCCUCAGGAUAUCUACCUACAGUCAUACAUGCACUUGUACCAUCACACAUAGACUACUGCAAUGUCCUCUACCUGGGUCUCCCAGCAAUAGAAUUGCACCGCUUGUAGCUUGUACAGAAUUCAGCAGCCAGGCUGUUACCUAACCAGCCCGUUCCUGCCACAUAACACCCAUUCUCUACCUCCUCCGGCUGCCUGUAAGAUGGUGACUCUGGGCCUAAUUCAGGUUGGACUACAGUGUGUGAUCCAAAUGGAAUUAUUGAGAAAAAGUUGCGGACGCAUGUGCAGCGCCCGUCCUGCGUAUGCACCUUCAUUCUCUACGGGGGGCUGUAGGAAAUGUGAUUGCUUCUUGUUAAUCAGGCAGAGGCGGUCACGGGGUGGGGGGUAAAGCUCCGU